CCUACCCUGCCAUGCUGCGCUGUCUGCUCUCCAGGCUGCCAGUCAGGAUGUCCAGCAGGACUUCAGAAAAUCAGUCAAGGAGGGACAGCUCUCAGACCCCUUCCCGGUGUCUUAUCCAUAGACUUGACCACAUCGUGAUGACAGUGAAGAGCAUCAAAGAUACCACUAUGUUCUAUUCGAAGAUCCUGGGCAUGGAGGUCAUCACUUUCAAGGGAGACAGAAAAGCAUUGUGCUUUGGAGACCAAAAAUUUAACCUCCAUGAGGUGGGAAAGGAAUUUGAACCCAAAGCUGCUCAUCCUGUUCCAGGCUCCCUGGACUUAUGUCUGAUCACAGAGGUGCCUUUGGAGGAGAUGAUCCAGCAUCUAAAGGCUUGUGAUGUCCCCAUUGAGGAGGGGCCAGUCCCCAGAACAGGAGCAAAGGGGCCUAUUAUGUCUGUCUACUUCCGAGACCCAGACAGAAAUCUAAUUGAGGUGUCCAACUAUGUCUCCUUGUGA